AUGGCGUUCCGAUUUGCAGGCUUAAACUCAUCGCCCUCUACGCCGGAAAGAGGCUCUCGAAAACCUUCAUCUGGCUUCGGGUUCUCUGCAGAUCAUCCAUCAACGACUCCCAUCGGCCCUCCACCUUCAUCUACCGCAUCCUUUACCCCCGCCGGCGACCCGUCUCCAUCAUUCUUGCAAAGUUCCAUUGGGGCCAUGUCAGGCGCCUCAAGUACGUCAAGUAACAUCAGGGCCCCGAAUUUUGGAAAACCAAAUCUUUCCCAAUCCAAGUCGCACUCUAGAAAACGUAGCAAUGCGCCCCUAGGAAGGUCAAUUCAGGGCUCUACUUCAAGGCAGCCGUCUGGCUUGAGCAGAGAAUAUCACAGGGAGGGGUUGGAGGAGGAUGAAGAUGAAGAUGAAGAUGACGAAGAGGAUACUAAGCGAGGGAAGGUAGGAGGGCGGACUUACGGCAUGUUACUUGACGAUUCGACUGAUGGCGAAGAUACCGAGCCUGAUAAUACGGAUCCCUUAGAAGAUGAUGAGGGUUCGGAAGUGGACGCUAUGGAGGAGGGAGAAGAUGAAUAUGAUGUGGAACAAGACCUACUAAGGGAAAUAGCCGGCACUGGGCCGUAUGGCGAUCUACUAUCUGAUGGCGAUCCGGACCUGAUGAUGCUCACAACGGCCGCUGCGGACGAACGCAUUAGCAAGGAAGCCGAAGACAUAUUUCGCGCUUCUUCUAUGCGCUCCAUUAACGCCCGAAAGCGGGAGUUAAAGUAUGCGGCCCUUGCGAAGGAUCUCUAUAGCCAAUCCCCAUUUGCAGUUGUGUCCGAGCCGGACAACGUCAUCAUACAAACUGAAGAGCUCGUCAAUCGUCUCUAUGAUGAAGGCGUGGGUCCUGAAGACGACGAGGAGAGACUGGACGAUACCUUAGCUCAAGCCUGUGUUAGACUGGUUAAUGAGAUAUGGGCCCCUCACGUAGAAGAGCUCCCCAAAAUCGACGAUGAACACGAGGCUAAGGUAGGGCCGAGUUCCUACGCCCCGAAUUUCGAGAAAGCCUUCUACCUAGCUGUACUGGUUUUUCAGAUUCAUCAUACACCAGCAAGGAGAGACGAUUUUGGAGAUAUCAAAAAUAUAGCCUUGCCCGCUGUUCUUUUCAACUGGCAACGUGCAGAACACGAUAUCCACCCGGAUCAAGUAAAUAGCGUCCUACAACAUCGCCCUUCACCCGCGGCCCAUGGGGUUUUCUGGCCAGUCGUUUUUAACGCUCUCGUGCGUGGUGACAUAUCUGGGGUAGUGCAACUUCUCAGAAAGGCCGGCUGGGAAUCUCCUAAGAAAUCCCCUCGCGGUGAAGCAGUUUACAGUGGCCAAGUCUUAUCGAAUAUCAAACGUGUUGUCGAAGAUCUAUGCGUAGUGAUGGAAAUAUGUCCUGCGAUGAGCAAUGAUAGUUGGGAUAUCCAAAGUAGUGACUGGACUUUGUUCCGUCUAAAGGCUAAGGCAGCUAAAGAAGCACUCAUUGGGUUCACUGAAGGCAAAGAACGAGCUCUUUCCUCGAGUCGAUUUGGUGAAUCCGACUUUGCCGAUUCUGUAGACGGACGACAAUCACUCUCGGGGCUUGCUCGAAGGGCAGAAAGCAGAAUCCCCUGGGAUAUCUAUGAAAAUCUUCAGUCCCUUUAUGCGAUUCUCAUAGGAGAACCGGAGGCUAUUCUUGCAGCCGCGGAAGACUGGUGCGAAGCCACGAUUGGUCUAUUCGGAUGGUGGGAUAAUGGCCACAAUAAGCGGAAUCUUGGCCUAUCUCAUUCAAGAUCACUUCAAUUACCCAGCCAAUCUGAGGCAGGUGAUGAUUUCCUUGAUCGUCUUGCUCUUUCCCUUCACACUGCUAUGGAGGCUGAUUUCCACUUCAAUUCCGCCGACCCCGUUGAAGUAGCAGUUGCCUCUGCGUUUGAGAGCAACGUUGAAGGGGUUAUCGGAUUCCUAAGAUUAUGGUCACUCCCAAUCGCGUCGACGGUAGCCGAAGUUGCCUCGUUAGGCCGAUGGCUCCCUCCUCAAGAGCCACAAAAUCUUAUUAACAUGCAAGAUUUUGAUAUGGAAGAAUUGGAGGUUUUAGGAAUGAAUCAGAGCACAGGGCCCGACGAGAAAGACGGAAUCAAAGAUACCACUCUAGUCCACUAUGCUCGUAGCCUGAAAGAUCGCAAGUAUAUAGCGGGCACUGGUCUGCAUGGUAAGGUCUCACGGGAUGGAUGGGAAAUGGGAGUCCAGGUUGUUGGCCGAAUGGACUCCCCCGAGCGGUCUGAGCAGUUAGUACAGGAAUUGCUCCAGAGUGUUCUUAGUACCAUCAACGAGUUUUCUCGUGAGACCGUCGACAAGAUAUGGCGGCUGCUGAACGAACUUGGAAUGAUCAACUUUGCAGAAGACACAGCUGAGACUUUCGGAGAUAUUUUAGCAAAAGAUACCUUCCGCUUUGGAGAAGCUCUAUGGUAUUACUCCUUAGCUCAUCGGCCCGGCAAAGUUCGCGAUGUCCUGAAUACAUUAAUGUCCAUUUCACUGGUGGAAUCUACAACGUAUCCGCCGGAAAGUGAGCUAGACAGUACGCUGAAACAGCUGCUAAAGGAGCGCAAAGCGACAUUAGAGAAUUUUGCGAAGCAAGAUCUCGAAGCAGCAGAACUUCUUGGUAAGAUGCUCAGCGGUGCGUCGCCAACAAGCCGCCACUGCCUGGUAGCUGUCAUUGCUAGUGCUGAUGACAAUAUUCGAGGAGGCUUGUACGAUGACUCGCGCGACGCAGUUGUCAGCGAAGAUUUCUUGUUGGCACUACUCGGAGAGGCAUCCAUCUUUGUGGGCCAAUCAUCACCCGUGAUUACUCUUGAUCAAAUCGAUACACUUCUUAAAGCGAUCGAAGACAUUCAAACCGUUGGAUCCCGGGUUUACGAUGCUUCCGAAGAGUUUUUUAAACUGGUCCUCGCAUCGGGUCAUGGAAAAGGGUCUACACCUGCAGACCUUCUCAAGCAGUCUACUUCUUCCUUGGGUGAGUCUUAUCAGCGGCGGCGAGUCAACUGCCUCUACCGUGUUCCCGGGACAGUCGCCGUCGUCGUGGACCGAGACGGGAACGAACUAUUUGCCCACUCGGCUGGCAAGCGGGGUAUUAUAUCCAACGAAGCCAUGACGCUGGAUAAUAUAUUCUACCUAGCGAGCUGCACCAAACUAAUUGCAGGGCUUGCCUGUAUGCAACUUGUCGAAAAGGGGGAGCUGAAUCUAGACGACGCGGCGCAAGUCGAGGAGCUAUGCCCAGAGCUGAAAGAUAUCAAAGUUCUUAAAGAUGAUGGAACUUUCGAAGAGAAGAAAAGAGGAAUUACCCUGAAAAUGUUGUUGACUCAUACCUCGGGUUUUUCGUACUCAUUCUUCAACGAGACAUUGAGGGAUUGGAGUCUUCCUGUUGGUAUUGAUGAGUUCUCUGGUGAUAUUAAGGAUAUCCUAAAGAUCCCUUUGCGAUUUCAACCGGGCGAGAAAAUGGGGAUAUGGACUCAUAUGCACCAAAGGCUACACGACGGCAAGCUCAUUCCUCGAGACCACCUGCUCCGGCGACCCCUGCUCGUCUCAACCGCCCAAGAGAUCGCCGACACCUUCAACAGCGGCGGAGCCGGUCUCUUCGCCAAGCCCCAGGAAUACACCCGCGUCCUAGCAGUCCUCCUCAACGACGGCACCUGCCCCAAGACCGGCGCCAAGAUCCUCGAGAAAGCCACCGUAGAGCAGAUGUUCACGAACCAGAUCCCCGAGUUCCCCGACUUCGGGCGCCAGGGCAUCGUGGCCGCGAAGCCGCACCUGACGAACGCGGCCGGGGACUUGUACCCGGUGCCCGGGAACGCGCCGCAGGGCUGGGGCUUGACCUUCAUGCUGAGCGGCGCCAGCCCGCUGACGGGCAGGUCGGCCAAGACUGGGUUCUGGGCCGGGCUGCCGAAUCUGUACUGGUGGGCGGACCGCGAGCACGACGUUGCCGGCAUGGUGUGCACGCAGAUUAUGCCGGCUUUUGACCCGGCCGUGCUUGGGCUGUGGUUCCAGCUCGAGGCGGCUGUGUACAAGCAUUUGAAGCUUGCUAAAGCGUAG